CAGAACAGCUGUGCCAGGAAUUUCGACACUGAGGCAGCUGUCCAAGUGCACACAAGUCUCUGGUUUGCUCUCCAUGAUCAUGUAGCCACGGUUUUGGAGGACUUUGGACAAAAGAAGGUGUCACUGUCCUGUGAGAGAUGUUGCUGAAGCACAAGUCUGCUGCAAAGACGCCCGUGCACAUGUGACUUCACCUGCUCUGUAGCUGCUGUUAGAGGUGCACAUGUGAUGGAGACGUUCGGCCUGAGGAGGACACAGUCUCUGAGGAGCUUCUCCUGGGUUCAGGAGAGGUCAUGGGACAUGCCAGCUCCCACCCGUUGGGACAGAAAAUCUGUGUCGCAGCUGGUGCAUCAUUACCAAAGCUGUGGUGACCUAAGGAGUCCAGAAAAAGUGACACAUAAAUUUCAGACGUCCGACAGAUUUUCGCGAGAAGAAUGGAGAGGACCAGAUAACAGAGACAGCAUGGCCUUAGGGGGCUCUUUAAGAACCAUAAAAUUGUCAAGAAGUCGCUCCAUGGACUUUCUCCCUCAAAGGGAGACCUCAGGUACCAGAGCUCUAUGUGCGCUGUUCGAGUCCAAGGCCAAGCUGGAGGAGAACUCCAGCUCCACCGCCCGCCUCAAUUCGGCAGUGUCUGCAAGAAAUGUCAAGAGGGAAGGCGACCGCCCCCUGCAGGACUGGAGAAGUCAUGACACACGCUUUCAGCGGGUGACCCAGUGGGAGGGAGGAAGGACCACAAAUGGCCUCCCGCAGUCUCGCAGCAAAGUUUCCAGAUACUCAAAUGAUGACAAAUAUAGUACAUUGACAUCACCGGCCAAGAGGGGCAUCCUAACAACAGAAGCCAGCAACUGGAUAUCGACUUGCUCCUCUGUCAGAGACAGGUCGGCUCUCUAUCUGUCAAGAGCAACGACCGUUGACCUCGUUGGUGGUUCAACGCAAGCAGGAUUGAUUGGUACUUCAGGGACAAGAAUUAAAAGCAGCAAGAUGGCUGAGACAGCCAGGAAAGUCACAGUUUUGCAAUCAUCUCAUGAUGAAGACGAUCUUCCUCUGCCUCCUCCUCCUCCUCCUCCUGUGCCUGCAAGGCCCCUUGACUAUGAAGGGUCCUCAGCAUUAAGUAGCCUCCCGGUGCCUCCGCCGAAAGAAACCUUUUCCACAUACUACCAGCAAAGGCAGAAGAGUGAACUGAAGAGGCUCUUUAAACACAUCCACCCAGACAUCAGACAUCUCGGCGAUGCUGUGGAUGAUGACAUAAUGAAAGCAGUGCAAACAGAGGACACUGAGGCAGCAGAUGCAGCAUAUCAGGGUGAAGUACAGUCAAUGAGGUGGAUCUUUGAAAACUGGAAUCUGGAUAGUAUUGGGGAUCCUCAUGCCACCAGGAAGAUGCUGGAUGAGGAGAACUUAACAGGUGGAAAUGUCAGAAGCACCUCCUCCAUGUUUGAGCACUGUGAUAGCAGACAGCUAAUUAGAGAGGGACUUGCUCAAAGGCAGACCUCAGUCAUGGGGGAUGUGAGAACAUCCACCUGGCUGUUUGAAACCCAGCCCUUGGAUUCCCUUAACAAAAAAGACGAUGAAGAAUUGGUUGAAGCUGUGUUGAAAGAGCCCAUCCAGUCAGGAGAUGUGAGUGGGACACGUCUGCUCUUUGAGACCAAACCACUAAGUGACUUUGGACGUUGUGACUCCAUAGAGGACAAUAACUUCUUGAAACUGAUGUCUGAGCUCCAGGAACAAAAAGGAGAUGUCCAAAAGACUGUGAAACUCUUCCAGGCAGAACCUAGCUGUGCCAUUAGAGACAAAAAUGGCAAUGUUCAUACAGUCAAAUCCAUCUGCAGGGAAGAGAUCAACAAUGGCAACACAGGCAGCGCUCGUUGGUUAUUCGAAACCCAACCUUUGAAUCUGAUUAACAAGGAAAGUGAUGGUGUGAAAAUAAUUCGGGGUAUAUCUCUGGAAGAGGGAAACAGAGGUGGAGUGGACAGAAAGAGGUGGAUGUUUGAAACACAGUCUUUUGAAGCAAUACAAGAGAUUGCGGGAAUGGACAAGAUCAAGCGUACAUUGGCUGACUGCACAAAAGAGGCUGAUGUCACCAACAAGACAAAGCUCUUUGAGAUGCAGCCACUAGCAACACCAAGAGGAAAUAUCCAAGAAAAGACAUUGGAAAGUAAUACAAUAAUUGGAGGUGAUGUCAAGACGUCUCUAUGGCUAUUUGAAACUCAACCCAUGGAGACUCUAAAUGAUAGCUAUGAAGUUGGGUGUUUGAAGAAAAUUACCAUUUCAGCUGAUGAGCAAGGAGCAAUAACAGACAAAAAAAAUAUAUUUGAGAGCCAGGGCACUGAAAAGAGUUCCUCUGUAAAACGACAAGUGAUUGAAAGGGGUGCUGUUAUGGGAUUCAAGCAUCUUUUUGAAACAAUUCCUCUCAGUAAAAUUGCUCAUUGUAAUGAGGAGAAUAACAAAUCAGGAAAUCAAAUGUCUGAGGAUUCUCCUUUGUAUGCUAUAAAAGACAGCUCUGGAAAUUUACACACGGUAACAACUGUCAGCCGUGAGGAAUUCAUCAAGGGGAAGGUCCAAAACUACAAGUGGGUGUUUGAGACCAAGCCUUUACACGAACUGGCAGAAGGAAAGACAAAUGUUGAGGUAAUCAAAGGUAUCACAAGACAGGAGGACACAAGGGGGGAUGUCAAGUUGGCAAAGUGGCUUUUUGAAACCCAGUCAAUAGAUGGAAUUCAUACCAAGUUCAACCAGAUGGAGGCACACAGUUCUGCUGGAGGCAAGCCUUGUAAAGGUGAUGUAAAGACAUGCAAAUGGUUAUUUGAGACACAACCAAUGGACAUUUUGUAUGACAAAUCAGAGAUCGUGAAAGAUAAAGAGACCAUUGACAAUGCUAGUGAUAAGUCGAUCACGUGGCUUUUUGAGUCACAGCCAUUAGACAGCAUAAAAGAUGGUGAGGAGUACAAUUUAAACCUCUGUAACACGAUACAGGAUUCUGUAAAAUCCGGGAUAAGUGUUCAAACAGUCAAACAUCUUUUUGAAACAGAGACCUUUGAUCGCACAAGAAAUGACCAGAUCAACCAAGAUUUAAGAUGUGUUAGCCAAGUGAACUUUCAGUCAGGAGAUGUCUCAAGAGUCAAAGAACUUUUUGAAUCCCAGUCCCUUGAGGAAAUCGGAUCAGAAAUGGUGACGACAUGUGAUGAACACGACAGUGGUGAUCACAUCCGGAAAGGAUCUGUGCACAAAUUCACUUGGUUGUUUGAGAACUGUCCCAUGAACACUAUCAACAAAGACAAUGAAGAUGCAAACAUUCAGAGAGUUAGUGAGGCUGUGAGUGGUGAUGUAAAGAACAAAAAGUUUAUAUUUGAAACCUCAUCACUGGACAAAAUCCAUGAGCAACCUCUUGGACAGAAGUCAGUCAGUGUGGAACAGCUGGAGAAUGAUGUUGACGUGAAGUCCAGUACCAUGAUGUUUGAGUCCCUGCCACUGUAUGCCAUUAGGGACAAAGAGGGACAGUUCCAUGAGGUGACAACUGUGAAAAAGGAUGAAGUCUUGCGUGGUGACGUGAGAGGAGCAAGAUGGAUGUUUGAGACUAAGCCCCUCGAAUCAAUCAAGCCAGAAAAUGAAGUUUAUGUGAUCCGAGCUGUCACUCAAGAGGAUGUCGAGAAAGGAGAUGUCAAAUCAGCUAGAUGGAAGUUUGAGACACAACCAUUGGACGCCUUUACCAACAGAGAGGAACCUUCUAUUAAGGUCACUGAAGACUUUGGGAGCUGUAAUGUGCAGUUAAAUAAAAAGAUAUUUGAAUCUGAUGACUCAAACAGUAAGUUUGUAAGAAUGGUUAGUGUCACUGACGUUCAACGUGGUGAUGUUAGGACCUCCACCUGGCUCUUUGAGAAUCAAACAAUUGACAGUCUCAGGGGAGAACCUCAAGAGCCUGGUCCAGUCAAAACAGUCCACAGAGAAGACAGCCAGAAAGGUGAUGUGAAACGCUGCACUUGGCUGUUUGAAUCACAGCCACUGGACAAAAUCAAGGAGCCAGAAGAAAUAUUUUUCCAAGGUUCAGAGGAAAUCAUUCCAAAAGCUGACGUGAAGUGCACAACCUGGCUUUUUGAGACAACUCCACUGGACAAGAUCACCCCCAGCAGUGUCACUGACACCAUGUCAUUAUUAAGUGAAUUGAAUUUAGUUUUAUCAAGUGGCAUCGUAAUAGAAACAAAUGAAGGUCAAAAUGUUACCAUGGCAAAAUUCACUCUGGGAAGCACUCAUCAAGUCCAAAUUCAGAAAGAAGAAGUCGUUGAGGGCAACCUCCGGAACAUCAUUUUACAGCUCUUACUCAAACCAAGCAACCCACAAGUUACUCUUCUUAGAGAAGUGGAAAAAGGAAACGUGACUACCACUGUAGUCCAACUUCCAGUCUACCAGUCAUCUACGAUUGAUCGGGAUCAAAUAAUAGAAAACAUUGUUCAGAUGAUUGACGAAAUACUUGCCCAAGGUAAGAACUUCAAGAAAGGAGUCCUAAUGCAAGAAACUACCAGUGGACAAGCAGAUAUGUCUGUCUAUUCACUUAUCAGACACAGUGAAACUGAUACUCAAAGUCAUGUUAUUGAAAGAGGGGAUGUGAAGUCUGCCAUUGGAAAUCUGUUAGCCACCGACAGCAGUCCAAGAACAGCAACAUGUAGAAUUGAUGAAAAUGAGAAGGGGAAUGUGAACUUAUACAAAAGUUGCAUUGAGAAAGGAGAUCUGCACUACCUGAAAACUCUUCAUUCUGAGUCAUCAGAAGAUGAUGUUGAUCACAACAUUCUUGGCAAGGAGCAAACUGAAAUUAUACAGGGGGAUGUCAGGGGGGCAAAAAGAAGUCUCUGCCAGCAAAAGGAAGCUGCGGAGCGAUCUAUUUCAGAUGUUCUACCAGGGGAUGUCAAGAACACCAAAAAGGUAUUUUCAUCAGAGUGCUCAUUCAUCGCUGAAAACUGCGUUCCGCGGGAUGAAAUAAUUCCUGGGGAUGUUUCAACAGCAAAGCAACAACUUGCAGCAAAGCAAUCAGUCAUGGUAGAAAAAGAGGAAAUUGUGGCUGGAGACAUUAAGGCAUCAAUGCAGUCAUUAGAACGUGCAAAGCAACAGAGUAUGAGUAUAGAGCGGAAGAACAUUAGACCUGGAACUAUUUAUGAUAUGGACUUGUCAUCUAAGUGCCCUGAACCAGAAGGCAGUCAAGUACAAAAUGAGACAAUUAUAUCUGGAGAUGUGAAGGCAGCUAAAAAGUCCCUGCAACUGGCCAAGCAGCAAAGCAUGCAUGUAGAGCGGGAGGUCAUUGCUCCUGGAAAAAUAUACUGCCUGAAUGUCUCUGCACAAGAAGGAAGCUCGACAGUGGUCACGCAAUCGUCUUCGUCCUCCAGAAGCCAACAAAUCAAGACUUGUCCAAAGUAACGUGUGAAGGACAGCCAUCGAUCACAGCACAGAACUCAACAUGCUACCCGGUAGAAAAUGGAGGCUCAAAAUCAUCCAGUUCUGAAGUUGUAACUGCUCCACCGUGCCUGCUAAAGAGACCACAGAACCUGAAGCCAGCUUUGCCACCAAAGCCACAAUGGACUAAACCAGCGGUCACAGAUUAUCCGAAUAUGUCACCUUCAAAUAUAAGCAAUCCAGUGUCUCCUCAAAAUGCUCACUAUUACACACAACUUCCCACUGACACGUUCAUUAAAGAUGCAAGGCACACAACUGCACUGAGUGACGAAAAAUCUAACUGCCAAGUGACAAAGUCCAAUGCCACAGAAUUGGAGAUGGAGAGAAAUUUCAUACAGAAAAUCAAUGCAGCGGAGGAGAUCCAAAAGUGCAUGAAAGAUUAUAAGGACAAUCCCAAGCAUGAAAUGAACUUGAGCUUGCAGGCUGUUUUAAAUAACUUUGAGAGAACAGUCAAAGGGACCCUAAACAAAAAAGCCACAAGCCAAACAAAUGUCAUAAAUGAUAAAGGUGAGGUGAACAAACCAAUGAAAAACACAACCACCGCUCAAAACUGUAGACCAAACCUCUCUCCACUUAACAAACAACUCUACAGGUGUGACGUGUCAGAGGCAAACAGU